UUGUACCGAAUUUCACUCAAUGCGCAAUUGUAGCAAAAUGGCUGGCGAUCAAAUUGUUGAUGGUUCGCAAAACGGAAAUAAUGAAAAAAUAAACGAGAAUGGUGACCUGAAUCUCAAUUUAAAUUUGGAAGACGAAUUUGUCGAAUUAGUCGAAUACAUCCCGUGUCCAGAAUUUCAGUUCUCGACAUCGGCAUGUUAUAUUUGUAACGGAUAUUAUGGACCAUGUUUUGAAGAACCAGUUUGUGCGACGUGUCAUGCAUUCCUAUUUCCAAAUGAUGUUUUACUACAGGUUCCAAUUUUCAGUGAGAAAACAGAUGAUGAAGAUUCAGGAAAUGAUGAGCCAACUGAUCUCUAUUAUAACCAUGAAAGGAGGACCAGUCAACAGCAACAAAACUCUCCACAAAGCAUCAAUCCUAAUGUACCAAGCACACAAAACACAUCCAAUCAGAAUGCCAAUGUUUCCCGCAGAUUACCUUCAUAUCAAAAUGUAGUGCCUCGAUACAAUUAUCAUGUAUUCGUGAACAACUCAGACAGCAAUCUCGUUGACAAAUGUUUACCAGGGUCAGUGCAGAAUGUAUCAGCUGAUCGUGACAAUGUCGCUCUAGAUUUGCAAGAUGCGAUCUGUCAAGUGUCGGAUGCGUUCUGUCGACCUGUGAGAAAUGUUUGUCAUAGAUAUUGUACAAACGGCCAAAACGACCAGAAUGCGACGCAUCAUGCACCGGAUCUGGUAGAAGAAGAUUUACAGAGCCCAGAAACAUUUGCACUGAGCGAACACAAUCAGAACAACGAGAACGCAGACAAUGCGCCACAAUAUCAGUGGAAUUAUAGAGUAUACGACGAUGUAGGUGAGCCGUCGCGGCCGUACAAUUUGUCGGAAAGACUGGAGAUACUAUCGAAUUAUAAACACAUCGAGCAUGAGCCCAUCAACGAACCGGGUCUAGUAGAAAGAUUACCACCCGAGGUGUUACUGGCCAUCUUCUUGUAUCUCGAUGAUAUCAGUCUGUGGUCCGCAGCGAAUGUCUGUCGACGCUGGUGUGGCCUGGUGUCAACGCAUGUGACGCAGUCGCAAUGGAAACAUUACGUGAAGGUGCGUUGGCCUCUGUACAAACCCAUCGGCUAUAUCAAAGACUGGUAUAAGGUAUACGAUUAUUUGGCCUCGUCGGCGCCGUGUCGAACAUGUCUGGCCCAUAGUACUUCCUUACACACAAAACUUAAGGAUUGGGGCCCGAGACUGGAGGAAAACUCUUGGCGAAAGAACAGGCUGCGUAGCGAAUUGAAGAGUCUUAGAAUUGAUCCGCCCGAGGGAAUCGAAGCGGUACCGCUCGAUAAAAUGUGUUGCCAUUGGCAGGCUACCAUCACAGGGCCAGUGGGCAGUCCGUAUGAGGGUGGAUUGUUCUACCUCUACUUAAAAGUACCACUAAGUUAUCCUAUGUGUCCGCCUGUGGUCAGAUUUUUGACGAAGAUACUUCAUCCAAAUGUGUCUAGACACGGAGACGUUGGUAUAGAUUCCAUACAUCACAAUUGGUCAUUAGCUCUCACAAUAUCCAAGGUUCUCAUUAGUGUACAAAGUCUGCUCACAGAUCCGUAUUGUCAAGUGUGCAUGGAACCGGAACUCGGAGAGAUGUACAUGAAUGAUCGCGAGAAGUUUGAGGAAGUUGCCAGGGCAUGGACAUGGAGGUACGCAAUGCAUGACGUUGUAACACCGCUGUAGUGCUCCAACUGUAUAAAUCGUAAUUAAUCCAUGUAAUUAGUAUAUAAUAUCUAAAUAUUAGUGCAUAUACAUACACAUACAUAUAUACGCGCGCGUGCAUACACACACACACACACACACACACACACACACACACACACACACACAGAUGUUACAUCAGCAAAUUAUUUAACAACUUGACAAUGACUUGUGAUAUAUUGUGCUAAAUAUACUAAAAAUAAAUGUAUAUUUAGAAAUUAUUUGUUAAUCGCAAUAUAAUGCACUAGCAAAACAGAUCAUUUUGUAUCUGAGAAUUCAUUAUAAAAUAUAUACGCAUCGA